ACUUUAACAGUUAUGACAGACAUUGAUAGUGAUGGUGAAUGGAAAGCAUGUCUUCAGGUCUCUGGUAUACGACUUCCGACUUCAUAUUUCAUUGGUCUUAGCGCUGCUACUGGCAAUUUGGCAGAUAAUCACGACAUCGUCGGUUUGAAAUUCUACGAGUUGGAAGUUGAGAAAGAUGAACAAACAGUUAGAAGUACAGAAAACACCGAUGACAUUGUCCCAUUUGUAAAAGCGGAACCUGUUAAAGAGCCUGUCGAGAAUUCCCCGAAAGGACACUAUACACGGCGAAUGACGAAAGCGUUCACGUGGUUUUUCUGGAUUUUGGUGGUCGGUGUCAUGUUUGUGUGGUCGGAUUUUUGUAUACAAGAAGCAACAGGAGGCUGCACGCAAACGAUUUUUAACGAAAUGAACAAAUAUCUUUCUGCAUCGCUAAAAAUUUGUAAUCUUUACACAAAAUGCCUCAAGACAGAUGGCGGCAUGUCUAUUUUACCAGAAUGCAUUUCAAUCUUCACACAAAACGGAUGA